CCCAAUUUCCUGGUUCAUUGAACAUAGAAAAUGAUAGUAUGAGUGGUGCAUCAGUGUAGUAUGGACACAUUCUUGUUUAUUUUCAGUCUCCAGAUCGGGAGACAAUUUCAUAUAUGUGCUACUUCCUGUUCAAAUGAAUAUCUCCUGUUCGGGAGAUUGUCUCAAGUUUGGGAGAUUGACUCAAGUUUGGGCGAUUAUGGCUCCUGAUUGGGGAAUAUUACUUAGCUGACCUCACCGAUCCACCAACAGAAAUCUUGGGUCAGGUGUGGGGAAACAAACGAUUCUUUUAAUUGCAGCCCUAAGAUUUUAAUGAAAUUAUAUGCUGAUUGUUUCAAAGUUUUGGUUAUUAUCUUUCAUACUAUUAUGGUUAAAUUCAACCCUUAAGGGGUUACUGCCUUUAAAAGACCCUUUUCUCAGUUUUUAACACUUUAAACAUCAUAAAUUAUAUAAUCAUUAUUAUCAAUGAGAUAUCUGCGCAAAAUUACAGGUGAGCCAUUUCUCCUAAGGACUUUUCCAGGGUUAUUGUAUGGGGGAAAGGAAGGCACUCUAUUAAAAUUUGGUAGGUGGUGGUUCUUGUAGAAAGAUUGCCUGAACAAUUAAAAGAAAUAUCCAAUAAAAAUAUAUGUAUGGUGGGUCAAAUAAAAGUGCCUUCUGACCACCCCAUAUAUUAAUUUCUGGAAUAGCCCUUGUUCUUAAUAAUCAUCUUUAUCAUGAUUUAAUUAUCUAUUAUAGAGUAAACAGUCAUUACCUGUAAAGGUUUUCGAUAAUAACAGAAUAAUAAGAAAAGGAAUUGUGGCAUAUUCGUUUCCUGAUUUAAUAAAUAAAUGCCAGGAAAAGUUUAUGGAAGGAGAUUCAACGACAUUCAGUCUAGUCCUGGACGCAGAUGGAGUCGAAAUAGAUAAUGAUUUUUUCAACAGUUUAGAAGGAAAUGUCAUCCUCAUGCUACUUAAAACAGGGGAGACCUGGGAACCACAAGACAAUAAAUUCAAUAGACAUGAAAGAGUAACUUUAAAAUCAGAAGAGGAAAAGAUGAUUGCGAUGAUUGAUAAAUUACGUGAAAAAGUUAAAAAAAGGAAACUAGAACCUGCAAGACUUGAUAGGGAGGUGAACAGCACUAGUAGCACUCAAAGCAGUAACUUAAUGGUUUCUUGGAAAAUCCUUGUGCCUGUAAAGACAGUUUUCACAUUACCUCAUUUCAUGGAUCAGUGAACUAGUUAGUUUGCAUUGGCCAAGUCCAUAUAUUUAGUACAGUAUAUGGAAUUAUUGUAAGGUGUACUGCAUGUUCUACUAUAGUGUUGACCAUGACCUCAUUUUCAUGUUUAACUGAUAGAAGUUAAUAUUUUGUGGUUUAGUCUAGUUUUGAGAUACGAAGAAGUCAUUAUAUCAUAUUAUAUCCGGUUAAUGGAAUGGUUUUGAAGGUCUACAUGUUUGUUUAGCAGUAAUUGUCUGACCUUGACCUCAUUUUUAUGGUUCAGAAUUUUUUUUCCCUAUUUGAUCUGUUUUUUUUGUCAAUUGACCCCUUAAGGAGAUACAUGUAUUACCCUUUUAAGACAUUUUUUUUCACAAUUUGUUCAUAAUGUUUGGUAACAUUAAAAAAAAUCUCCUUUAAAACAGCUGGAUCAAUUUCAGCCUAGCCUGAAUGAGUUUCAGGGUAUUUAGUAUUUAAUAAGUUAAUGUUAAUGUUGUACGUCAUGAAACAUAGCUACUAUGGCUUAAAUAAAACAUAAGGUUUAAAUGAUUUUUUUUUGUCUUUUGAAAAAAACAUGAUAGUUAAAAUAGCCUAUUUAAGGACACAGUAUACAUUAAAAAACCAAAUUAAUCAGUGAUGAAAGAUUUCAGCAAAACAUUACAGGUGAGGGAUUCAGGGUCAGUUAAACCAGUUUCACAGAUACUUUAAGUGAUAAAUCAAUUAUAUCUAUUGAAUAUUUGUAAGUUGUCUGUCUUACAGGUUUCAUCUUGCCUUGAUCAUAUUUUAUGCUUUAUUGGGAAAAAUUAAGGUUUUUUUGUUCAAUGAUACUUAAAGUUUUAGGUUAACUAAAUUUGGAAUGAUUGCAAAGCCUACAUGUCUGCCUAAAAGAUUUAAUCUCACCUUGACCACUUCUACACAGGUACAUGUAAUUGAAAUGAUAAUGUAAUACUUAAAAGUAUUGAAAUACAUGUAUGAACACUUAUACAGGCAAGACAUAUCGCUGUGUCCACUCUUGAUACAUUUUAUAUAUAAACUGUUAACUUUGUUAAUUGAUUGUUUUCAGCUAACAAUAUUUGUUUUUGUGAUAUUUUGUUAUAUUUAUAUAAUGCAAGGUAUGCAUGCAAGCAUUGUUCUGUGAUUUUUUAUAGGACUGACUGGUAAAAAUUUGCAUUCUUAUUAUGGCCAUGAUGUUGUUAAUGUUGUCUGUAGACUUUUGGUUACAUCAAGCUUUACAACGCAUUUUAUUAUUUACAUUUAAACACUUUUUUUAACAUUUAUAUGCUGCAAAGUAUGCAUGAUUUUUUAUAUUGUGGAAUGUAUGCAAGUUUUUAUGAUCGGAUUUAGAGAUGGUAAAGUGAUUAAAAGAGAAAAAAAAUCUGA